CCUCGUCAAGGUGUAGUCUUGCAGAGAGUGUGUAGUGCUGAGAGUGGUCAAGAUGAGGUUCUCACUUGCUUCAUUGUCGCUUUUGGUGGCCCUGCGGCCGCCAUCCGUGUGGGCAACGGGCCCUCCAUAUCUCACUGGAGGAGGGUCAACAGCGAUGGUCACAACAACGGUGACUACGAUUCAAACCCAGACCGUCAUUUCGACGCACACGGUGAUAGGCUCGGGCUCUUGCACGCCUGUGACGACGACCAUAUGGAGUUGUAUUUCGACGUCAACGAGCAGUAUUUACCCAACCUCAACCUCCACAUCUACGUCUAUAUCUACAGCUGCAUCGGUACCUACUACUAGCUCCAUACCGACAUCUACAACUGCAUCGGCGCCUACUACUAGCUCGACAUCAAUUUCGACUCCACCAGUGGCGACAACCAGCUCCACGCCUCUACCGGUUUCAACAACCAGUGUUACAACAAGUUCCACGCCGCUUUCGGUGCCAACAACUAGCUCUACUCUACCUUCGACAUCUACGCCGGCGCCAGCAAUUAGCUCUACACCAGCCUCGACAUCCACACCGGCGCACACAACUAGCUCUACACCAGCUUCGACAUCCAUACCGGAGCAAAAAACUAGCUCUACGUCCUUAUCUAUAUCAUCGGUACCGACUACUUCUGCCUCAUCUGUAUAUACAGUUCCACCAGCGUCAACAACUAGCUCAACAUCACUCUCGACGCCGCUGUCGACUACUUCUUCAACGGCUGUUUAUACAACUGCGCCAGUGCCAACAACUCAACCGGCAUCGUCCUCGACGCCACUACCAACCCUCACAACCAGCGCAACAUUACUCUCAAUAUCUACGUCCGUGACAGCAACUACCUCAACAUCAUAUUCGACGUCCGCUUCAAUGACUACGACUACGACAACUGAAAUAUUCACCUCAACGCUUCCACUCUAUCCCACGACAACGGCAACAACCACAUCUACAUCUUCCCACACACUCUCUUCGAAUCCGAAGCCCCCUCCCACCAAGACCGAACACACGACAACAACUACACACACGACUACACGCACAACAGAGCACACGUCUACACAUACGACUACACACACAACAGGGCACACGUCUACACACACGACUACACACACAACAGAGCACACACAACAGAGCACACAGCCACUAAGAAGCCGAAAAAAUCAUCCCAGCAUGUCUCUACCACAAAGCCACAUGGUAGCAGUGGCGGUCAAACGAUCACGAUCACACUGCCUACCACAGUGACAAGUAUUAGCACUACCAAGAUCUUAUCCACCGUUACUCAAAUUAUCACGUCGUACGGCACGACAACUAUUUCUGAUGGGGUGACCACUACGUCCACGGUGGUUGUACCGACUGUGUAUAUUACGACCUUUACAUCAAGCUUCACCACUGAAAUUCCCACGACUAUCC